AUGCCCGACUUCACUGAUCGCCUCCGUCCCAGCCAGCCCGACGGGCCAACAACACUUGCUCGUGAGCGAGAGCAGUCUAGUGUUUCUGUGAAUGAGCUGGCCCAACAUUUACUUUCAGCCGAUGGAUUCCUGGAGCGACAGGCUCGAGUCUUGCCAUUCUUGCUGCGAGAACCACUAUUGUCCAAAGAAAAACAGCAAAACUUGUCGCGACCUGAACGCUUCAAACUAGGGCUGGCGCGAGCGAAGCUGCUCCGCCGACUGGCAGACAAACAUGCCUGGAGUACUGUUGACUUUAAAAUGGCCGAAUACCUGGUGGAUGAUGUCUCGCCAUAUUUACUUCAGAUGGAGAUGUUCCUUACCACAAUCCGCGAGCAGGCAAGCGAGGAGCAGCGCGCAUACUGGCAGCCUCUGAUUGAGUCGUGGAAGAUCUACGGCGCAUACGCACAAACUGAACUCGGCCAUGGCAGUAAUGUUCGCGGAUUGGAGCUCGAGGCGCGCUGGGAUAGUCGCACCAAGGAGUUCGUGCUGCACAGCCCUACUUUGACAGCCAGCAAAUGGUGGAAUGGAAGCUUGGGCCGCCUUGCCAACCAUGCCAUUGUCGUUGCUCAGCUGCUUCUCCCUGAGCCAGGCUCUCCAGACAAAUAUGUGUCCCAUGGGCCUCACCCGUUCAUUGUGCAAGUGCGAGAUAUGAAGACGCAUCAGCCCCUGAAUGGAGUGGUGAUUGGGGACAUUGGGCCGAAAUAUGGAUAUAUCACCAUGGAUAACGCGUAUAUGCUAUUCGAGAACUUCCGAAUCCCUCAUUCUGCGAUGUUAUCCCGCUAUUCCAGUGUCAACCCUGACACCGGUAUCUACACAAAGCCAGAACAGCCUGCAUUGGUAUAUGGAUCCUUGACUUACGUGCGCGCAAACAUCGUUCACCACGCAAGACUCGUCCUCGCGCGCGCAGUGACCGUUGCAGUGCGCUACACUGCAAUCCGCCGACAGUUCCAAGACCGUGACGGAGACAAGAAGGGACCGGAAAUGGCGGUCCUUGAUUAUCCCACUGUUCAAAUCCGCAUCGUGCCUCUGCUAGCUACUACCUUUGCUCUGCACUACACUGGCCUGGCAAUGCGGACAGUAUAUGAGAACACGCGAAGCGAGGUUGAGCAAGGCAAUUUCCGGACACUGGCCCAUAUGCACAGCAUGUCUUCUGGACUGAAGAGUCUUUGCACAAUGCUUGCAGCAGAUGGAAUCGAGACUUGUCGGCGUGCAUUGGGCGGACACGGCUUUGGUGGUGGAAGCGGUCUUAUCCAACUCAAUAAUGACUACCUAUCUAAGCCCACGGUGGAGGGUGAUAACUGGAUGAUCACGCAACAGGUGGCUGCAUAUCUGAUCAAGAAGAUGACUUCCGCAGCGGAGUCGCCGAAUAACGCUGCUGCUGACGAAACAGAUGCGCGGUUCAAGGAAUUUAUUCGAGCGAGAAGCAGUGCGAACCCAUGUCCGGCUCAAUAUAAUGUUCUGGAGAAUGAUCAAGAUAUUGUCAAGAGCUUUGAGUGCCGUGCCACUGCUUUGGUAUGUCUACAAUGUUUCCAGUCGAGAAUGAGGAACCCCUGCUAA